AUGAAUAUCUUCAGUCAACCCGAUUAUUACCCAUCUCCGUCCUCUAAUGUCAUCACAUAUUCAAAUCAAUCAAGAAGUAGUACUCAGAUAGAUGAAAAGAACGCGUCCACUAGACGUAAACGAUUAUUAAAUACAGAUAUACAUGCUUUAAUUGUUUAUCUUUCAUCACCAAUUGACCCAGUUGAUUAUUCUGCAUUUUCUGAUUUCUUUUUAAUUUAUAGAAAUUUUAUUACACCAUUAAAAUUACAUGAAUUAUUAAUAUCAAGAUUUAAAUGGUCAUAUAUUGAAACAAUAUCACAAGAUAAUACACAAACUAAAAUUGGUGAAAUUUCUUUAGUUAGAACAUUUGUAUUAAUAAGGCAUUCGUUGCUAAAUAAUUUUUUACAGGAUUUUAUUGGUAAUAAACCUUUAAGAUUAUUAAUACUUCAAUUUUUAAAUGAUGAUUUUACUGCAUUACCAAAAAUUGUUCAACAAUGUAUAAUAAAUCUGAAAAAAAUUUGGAUUAUGAAAUCUAAACAAACUUGGGAAAAUAUAAUAUUUGAUGGACCCGUUAAUGGAGAUUGGUUAUUAUUUCAAUUAAAAGAUGUUUCACAAUUAGCUAAAGAUCAAAAGAGGACAAGUAGAUUAAGUUUUAUGGCGAUUAAAGGCUCAUCAAGUCCCGAAUUUCGCAAUGAAAGUAUGUUAUCAUUAUACAAGAUGGAUCUAAUAAAUACCGAUUAUAAAGAUCAUAAUACUUAUAAUAAUAAUGAAAUUAAUGAUACAGAUUCAAAGAGAACAGGCUCAAUGUUAUUAUUCCCUAAUAAUAAUUCAAAUAUUCAAACAAUUAAUAUUAUUCCGAUGAUUAAAAAGGAAACAGAUUUAAAGAAAGAAAAACAUAUGACCUUGGUACAAAGAAUGUCAAAAGUAAUUAAAGAUGUUGAUUAUCCUAAAUCUCCCGAGAUCAAUAGAAUUAUACCACCUACACCAGCUAAAAAAGUAGAAUUUAUACUAAAUUCAUUAUAUGUUCCUGAAUCCCAAAAUAUGAAAAUAAAUAAACCAAAACAAUCUAUUCAAAGAUCAUCAUCACUUUCAAGAAAUUUAUCUCAUACUUCUGCUAUUUUUUACAAAGGUGCAUUAUCACUUUUAGCUAAAUGGAAACAUAAUCAUUCAAAUCAGGAUUCUGAAAUGUUUGAAAAACCUGAAAUGGAUACAUUUGUAAAAUAUGUUAUAUCAAUUACAUCUUUAGAUCAUGAAAAUUCUAGUGAUGAUGGAAUUAAUAAUACUAAUGGAAUUGCUAAAUUUGAUAUUUUAAGUGCAAGGACAAUUGAUGAAGUUGAAUAUUUGAUUUCUUUGGAAAAUAAAAUGAUUCAAGAGGUGAAAGAACUUCAUUCUAAGGAUAAUGAUUAUAGUAUUACGAAUCAUAGGACUAACCAAAUUAUAGUUAAACAGAAUACAGAAUUUAGUGCCUUAGAUAACCUGGACUUAUAUCAGACAGUGAAUACAAUCGCAAAAUCUGUCAUAUCUUUAUCAAAUACCUUACAAAAGUCUAAUGAUAACGCUUUAAUUAAAGGCACGAGUAAUAAUAAAAACACUGAAACUUUCCCAUAUUUAUCACCUUCAUUCGAUAGAAGAAAAAUCAAAAGUACUACAGCUACAAUCUUUAAUUCUAGUACUAGCGCUCUUAUCAACUCUAAUAUCGAUCAGGACGGAGUUAAUGGCCCUCAAAGAUUAAUUUUCCAUGACACAGAGGCCACUGAUACUCACAUAUCCUCUUCUGAACAGCAACCGAGUGGCUCACCUUUAAAACAUUUACUCCCAACCGGGACCGAAAGCUCAGAUCCAGUAGACUACUAUCGUUCCGAAUCACGUAUAUCAUCAGUAACCUACGAUUCUGAACUAUCAGCUACUUCACCAGGGUUGAGUAAUGCGUUAUCUGAAAAAUCAGACGAAAGUACACCAGGUCUCGUAAGAGAAUUGGGAGCACAAACGAGUAAAGGUUUAUCCAAAAAAGAUAGUCUUGACAAUCUAAGAGAAUUUACCUUCGAAGACGAGGAUGAGAAGAUAAAUUCUGAAAUUAAUGAAGAACAAAAUCUUGAGAGCUAUGAACAGAUAAUCCCAGAAAAUAAUGAACAACACGAUGACGGUAGUGAUAUCGAAGGCGAUGAUAAUGAUGACGAUGAUAUGAUUUCUGUUUCAUUAUCACAGGAUGAAGAUACUAACAGUAUGUUAGAGGACGCUGAUGAGAUAAAACCGUUACGCUCUGUCGAAGUUGGGAAUAACACAUCAGAUUUACUGUCCCCAUUACCUUCUACCAAGAAAAUAGCAAUGAGACCAGCUAGUGGAAGAAUUAGCAUAAUGAAAAGAAGGACUGUACACACUCCACUCUCGGAUAGGAUCUCAAACACUAAAUCUCCAAUGAGAAAGUCACUUUUGUUAUUAAAGGAUAAUGACUUUCUGCAAAAAGAUAACGCAUUAUUUGAAAAUGAAUUAAAAUUGGCAAAAUUAGAGGAAGUCACGAACAGAGAUUCAUAUACCCCAAGUGUAUCAACAAGCAGAUUAUUCAAUUCUACCCAUAACAGUCCAAAGAAAAUAACAAUUGACGAUGGUGGUAGAAUUAGAUUAUCUAUUGCUCCAAGUAUGAAUUCAAUCCAGAGUGGGAGCUCAUUUUCUAGCAGUAUGUCUCUAUCGACACAAAGCCCAUUACGUCAUAAAGUAUUAAAUAAUUUGAGAGACGAAUUUCAAAAGGAUAAGGUAUCGCAAAGUUCAUCAGAUGUCUCUAAUAAUGGUAACAAAUACCUCUUUUCUCCUGAUAAUGAUAGUUUAAAUGCAGCAUCCCCCGAAAAGGAUAUGGAAGAACUGAAAAAUAAAUUCUUACAAUCAAGUUCUAAUAGUCCAUCCAGGACUGAAAUAAAUUCCACAAAAGAAGGAACAACGGAUGCUGAUAUAUUGGUAAUCCAAGAAAACAUGAAAAAGGACCUCAACCCUACUAAUUUAAAGGAUAUUGCUGAUAUGCCAGAUGAUUCUAUGCACGACGAUCCUGUAAAUGUUGCCAUGUUGAAAUUAGAAGGUAAAUAUAGUAAAGAAGAAACCCAAUUAAAAAUGCAGAGCUCACCUAACGUAUCAACGGUUAGCAAAGACGUUGGACUUUUAAAUUUGGAACAAAUUGUCUCCAUACCAAGAACCCCAGGCGAGAAGCGCAGAUCACUGUUAAUAGAGAGAAGAAGAAAGACAAUAAUGACAAUACCAUACACACCAGAAACUCAAGGAAUUCAAAAUACCAAUACCCAGGAGGCGCUAGGUGAAACAGAAAUGGCUAAAUUACAAAACUUAAUGAAGUCCUACUCUAUAGAAGAUCCGAACUUAGAAAUAACAAAUAGUCAACAUCACAUUCCCUUUAUUUUAAUGUACGACUCGAAGUCUGUUGCUGAACAGUUAACUUUAAUUGAAAAAGAAUUACUAAAAGAAAUAGAUUGGAAAGACUUGUUAGAUUUAAAUAUAGAAUAUGAUGGUCCAAUGGUGACGAGUUGGCUACAAUUACUAAUAGAAAACGAAUCAUUAUCUGGGAUUGAUUUAAUGGUUGCCCGUUUCAACUUAACCGUGACAUGGAUUGUAUCCGAAAUUUCGUUAACUCAAGAUAUUAAGAUGAGAAGAAAUACAAUUCAAAGAUUUAUCCAUGUUGCUGAGCAUUGCAGAGAAUUUCAGAAUUAUAAUACUUUAAUGGCGAUUGUGCUUGCAUUGAGUUCUAUCACAGUACAAAAAAUGAUAGAUGCUUGGAGAUUAAUUGAACCUGGUGAUUUGUUGACCUGGGAGGAAUUGAAGAAGAUAUGCAACCUUGAUCGUAAUUACAGCUCGAUAAGACUUCUUCUUAGCGAAAUCGACCCACUAACUGGCUGUAUUCCAUUUGUUGCUAUUUAUCUAUCUGAUUUAGCAAUCAAUUCAGAAAAGAAAAAUUGGAUAAAAGAAAAUAAAAUUAUAAAUUACAACAAGUUCGAUAUGAAUGUCCAAAUUGUAAAACAUUUUAUUCAACUUUCACAGUGGUCCAAAUUUUACAAAUUUAAACCUGAUCAUGAACUGUUAAGUAAAUGCGUGUACAUUUCUACAUUGACAGAUGAUGAGAUCGAACUUCUAAACAACGGUUUAAACCUUUAA